UGGAGCCGCUCCAUCUAUUAAGAUGGCGUGGCUACUAAAGAAUUUGUUGUUUUUCAAGAUGGCGAGCUCUGAUGUUCUGUUGUUUCUUUUAUAUUUCGGUCAAGGAUUGCCUUAUGGCUUUCAAGUCAAACUUCUUCCAUUAUUUCUGAGGAAACAUAAGUUUUCAUUGUCAAAGGUAGGCCUUAGCCGCCUAUUAAGUUUACCAUGGAUUUUCAAAUUCACAAUAGCACCUUUGAUUGAUAAGUUAUGGUCUUUUAACUCUUGGAUUACUUUGGGCUCGUUAAUUAUGGCCGUAAUUUGCUUUGCAUCAGCCUGGGUGGGAGAACACAAUACUCUUUUGGUUCUGUUCUGGGUGUUGUGGAUGAACAUAACAUCUGCUGUACAGGAUGUUGCAGUGGAUGCCUAUGCAAUUUGCCUGCUAGAACCUGAAGAUCUUGGAAAGGCGAGCACACUACAAGUGGUUGGUUACAAACUGGGUGCAUUAUUUGGAGGAGGUAUUCUUUCUUGGCUCAGUGUAUACUACAGCUGGAAAUGGUUGUUCACCCUCUGGGGCUCUUUUUACAUUGUCAUGUUAAUCAUCUCAGUAAUAAACAUUAACAGUGAAACACGUUCAACAUAUGAAAUAGCAAAGGGAGUAUCAUUGAAAAACCAGGAAAUUAAAGGAAAUCAGUUACGUUCAUCUAUGUCAGUCUCCAAUGAUAAUACAAGUGGCAAGCUUAGUCCUUUAAAGAUCAUUAGAACUACUAUUAGGACUGUUGACUUCUCAUGGCUGAUGUUCUAUGUUGCAACAUACAAAUUAGGCGAACAAGGUGUUGUUAGCAUGCUGCCUUUGUAUCUGAUUGAUCAAAGAAUUCCCCAAGAACAAGUGGGGGUAAUAUUUGGAAUAUUUGGUCAACUGUUCUCAAUCAGUGGUUCAACCAUAGGAGGCUGGAUUGUUAGUCUGCAGUAUGGACACAGGUCAUGGGUGAUUAAAGUACUCCUAUGGACUUCGUAUGCAAGACUAGUACCACUUCUCUCACUUUGGUUGCUGUCCUUAACACAAUUCACAAAAUCUGCAAUUGCAAUCAUUGAAUGUUUCAUACAACUAAGUGGGGGAAUAAUCACAACUGCAACAUUCACACUCAUGAUGUUAAGUUCACAAAAUUCUUUACCUGGUGCUAAAGCAACACACUGUGCUGUUCUUGCCACAUCAGAAGUGUUGGGUAAAUUGCUGAUGAUUUCCUUAUCUGGGAUACUAGUAGAUAUUAUUGGUUACCAGUAUUUCUUUGGAUUGUGCUUUCUACUGGCAUUGUCAUUUCUUCCUGUUUUAAAACAUGGCCUGGUAUCUCAGAGGGAGAAAUCUUCCUAAAGAAAAUCAAAACCUUUCUGGUAAAUUUUGGUUCUUUACCUUCAAAGAUCACAGUCAAACAUUUCUUACCAAAAUAACAUUUAUCACAUAGAUUUUAAUAAUAUUAUGCAAGCUGGAGAAAGAUGUUUUUUGUCUUUUCACAAGCAAGGACAAAGAAAAAAUUCUGAGUCUCCAUGGGGAAUCAAACCUCAGACCUAUGAAUUCUGCUGCACUAUGAUGCUCCACCACACAGCCACAAAGACUCUAUGGUGAGCAAGGCUCAUUACGAAGUUCAUGUACAACAUGGGUCAUGUAAGCUAUAUAAUUUGCAUGUAAUAAAAUGCAAUCAUAAAAAA